UUACAAUUUCUGGAAAUGAAGAAAAUGGAAAGACCGUUGUUUAUCUUUUGGCGUUCCAUCUGUUCUUUGUUAUGUUUGUAUGGUCCUAUUGGAUGACAAUAUUCACAUCUCCCGCUAUCCCCUCCAAAGAGUUCUACUUGUCCACUUCUGAAAAGGAACGUUACGAAAAGGAAUUUAGCCAAGAAAGACAGCAAGAAAUUUUGAGAAGAGCAGCAAGAGACUUACCUAUCUACACCACAACAGCUUCAAGAACUAUCAGAUAUUGUGAAAAAUGUCAGUUGAUUAAACCCGAUCGGACCCAUCACUGCUCAGCCUGUGACAUAUGUGUUCUUAAGAUGGAUCAUCACUGUCCUUGGGUGAAUAACUGUGUGGGAUUUUCUAAUUACAAAUUCUUCAUGCUGUUUUUAUUAUAUUCUCUGUUAUACUGCCUUUUUGUUGCAACAACAGUUUUAGAGUACUUUAUGAAAUUUUGGACGCUUUGCCGCAGGAAAUCUACAGAGAAUUGUCCAAAGAAUGAACCGACAGAUACACGUGCAAAAUUCCACAUACUUUUCCUUUUCUUCGUGUCUGCAAUGUUUUUCAUCAGUGUCCUCUCACUAUUCAGCUACCACUGCUGGUUAGUUGGAAAAAAUAGAACAACAAUAGAAUCAUUCCGCACACCUACAUUUUCAUAUGGAUCUGAUGGAAAUGGUUUCUCUCUUGGGUACAGUAAAAAUUGGAGACAAGUCUUUGGUGAUGAAAAGAAAUAUUGGCUAUUUCCAGUAUUUUCAAGCUUGGGUGAUGGUUGCAGUUUCCCAACUCGCCUGGUGGGGAUGGAUCCAGAACAAGCUUCUGUUACAAACCAGAAUGACUAUGCUAGAAGUAUUGGCUCAAAUCCACCUUUUCCUAUCAGACCACUUAGUGAAUCAAAAAACCGCUUGUUGGACACUGAAUCUCAGUGGCUGGAGAAUGGAGCUGAAGAACGUGCUGUAAGAUCAGGGACAAAUAACCAUGUUACAGUGACAGUAGAAAAUUGAGUACUACUUGUUCAUAACUAACCAUUCAAUAAGAGCAAGGUGUAUAAAAACAUUGUGGACUAGUAUUUUCCAUUUUAUUUGCAAGAAAAUGAUCAAUGGAGUGACAUCAAAUAUAACAGAAGAUCUAUUUUUUAAAAAAAAGGAAGCCUUUGUAUGGUUCGUUGGAUCCACAGAAGCACUACAAAACAGAAUGAUGCCUUAAUUUUAAGUGUCCAUUUGUGCAUUGUUGACUCACAGCUCAAAAGUGACUUAAUUUUCCUUUGGAAAUAACACUUGCCUGUUAUGAGAUGAUGUAAUAGGGGCUAUCAUCCCAUGUUAACAUGGCAUAUGUAUUUUAUACCUAAGUUACAAUGUUAGAGUCAUUUCUUCAUAUCCAGGUAAAUUUUCACCCAAAACACAUAUUAAAAACUUGUCUUAAGUGAAGUACAUCUGAGACUGUUGGUGUCUGAAAUGAAUAAUAUCCACGUUAUGAUUGCCUGUACUACAAUAAUGGAAAGAAAAUGACUGCUUUUUAAAAAUUGAGUGUUGGCUAAUUUAUACUUUUAUACUUUUCAACAUUUUUAAUAAAGACUUUUAUUCUAGGCUAUAAAAUAACAUACUCAGAAGGAUUUAGGUAUCUAAAUAUAAUUGUGUAGAAUAUAGAAGAUGUUGGUACAAUUCAUUGAAAGCUUUUUGUUAAGAAUAUACAACCAUGUAGUAUACAUACUUUGUCCCCAGCAUUAAAGAAGAUUUGGCAGUAUAAAACAUAUUUGGGGUAUGCUCUGCUUUUUAAUUACUUUUUUGUUGAUAUUUAAGGGUAUGUAAGGGAGGCACAAAGUUACAUGUACUAUAAAUGAUUGGACACCAUAGAAAUAGAUGGAAAUGGCUAGAAGAAAAACAAAGAUAGGCAGCAUAUUGUAAAACUGUUAAGAAAUAAUUUCUAUUCUAAAGGCAUUUAAAACACACUGUUUAGUUGACUUUCAAUUUUUAUUUUAGGUAAUGGCUAAGAAUUAUUUUGAAACUUUUUAUAGUAAUCCUUU